GGGAACGGACCGAGGCGCUCUUAGGAGGGCGGCGGCGGCGGUCGGGGCGCAGCGCCAUGAACCGGCUGGGGCUUUUGGGACUGCUCUGCGCGGCGAUGCUGGGCUGCUGGGAACCUGCUGAUGCCAUAACAUGCUUUGAUAAGCAGUAUAUCUACAAGGGCAGAUGCUGCAAUCGGUGUCGUCCAGGCGAAAAGCUGGUCUCUGAGUGCAAUGAAACAGAAGACUCUGUCUGUGCCCCCUGUGAGAGCGGGCACUAUCAGCCAAGCUGGACCAAGGAGAAGCACUGUGCUCCUCAUGAUAUCUGUGAAGGCAAUGCCGGCCUCAUUGAGAAGAUAAAAGGAAAUGCAACACACAACACGGUGUGCCAGUGCCGGGCCGGCACACACUGCUCUGACAUCAGCUGCCAGACCUGCGUGGAGAACCAGCCUUGCCAGCUUGGCUCUGGCUUUGUGGCAGCCAAGGCCGUAGACCGGAUGUCAUCCCCCUGUGAACCCUGUGCAGAAGGCACCUUCUCCAACGUCUCGUCUAAAACCGAGCCGUGCCACCCCUGGACAAGUUGUGAGGAAAAGGGGCUGGUGGUGAAGGUGAAAGGGACGAACUCCUCGGAUGUGAUCUGCGAGUCGAGCAGGCGCUCCUCGCUGUCAGUGCUGAUCCCCAUCACAGCUGCAGUUGUCACAUGCCUCGUGGGUGUCUGCAUCUACUGCCUGGUGCACACAGAUUCCAGGCGACGAGUGCCAAAGGAGAUAGAGGCUGGGGAGCCCGGAGAGAACCCAGAUACCCAGCAGCCCAUGGAGCAGGAUGAGAAUGUCUUGCCUGUGCAGGAGACCCUACUCAGGGGCCAGCCUGUGGCCCAGGAGGAUGGCAAGGAGAGCCGCAUCUCGGAGCAGGAGAUGCUGUGAAGGCGCAGGGCACUGCCCCCGACAGGAGCACAGACUGGACAGCACCAUCUCCUCUGUCCCCUCUCCAGCUGGGGAGGAAAUCUGGCAUCUGGCCUGACUGCAAAUGAUGUGAUGCUGCAAUGGACCAUGGCACGACCACCCCACGGGAAUACCACUACAACUCCUGGUCUGGUCACCUGCACAGGGCUGCCCUGGUGGAGCAAGGCUUGGCUGCCUGCAUGGGGACAUGGAACAGAACCCCAUCCUGCUUCCUGCCCAGGUGAUGCGAUGACCUGGGUGGCUGCUCACCUGCUGAGCCCUUGCCACAGCAGGGUGUCACUGCUGACAGGAAGACCCCAGCACAGAUCCCUGUCUCCCUGAGUGCUGGAGAAGCCAGGGCUGGGAAAGGGGGCUGCUGGUGUGAGAUCCCCGCGGCAGAGUUCAGUCCCGUGUCUGGGGUGCUGUGGAAGCGCUGCCCGUGCUGGAGCAGGGGCUGCUGGCGUCCGGACAGGGCACCCCGGCCCCUGCCGGGCUCCGUGGGAGGAACGAAGGCAGGAGCGGCGGUCGCACGGCUCUGCCCGGGGCCGGAGCGCGGACAGCGGCGUGCGGCGGCCGGGAGAUGGUGCUGCGGGACCGGCGCGGGCUGCGCGGGGCGGGACCGGCACCGCCCGCCCCCGCCCCGUCCCGCCUCCGCUCCAGAUGGCCUCGGAGGGCUCUGGCCUCGGGGGGCUCUGGCCAUGGGCUUGCCCAGCGCGGGGCCCCCUCCCGCGGCUCCUCUGCCCGUCCGUACGGGAGCGGCCGCGCUCCAUCACCCUCCAACCACCGCUGGCGAAACCGUGUGAUUAAACGCGAUUAUCUGCCCCUGUGAGUGAGCAGCCCCGAGCCCCUGCCGCCCACCGGCACCCCCGGGACCGGCGCUCCCAGCUCUGAUGUGCCGGGAAGGAUGCUUUGGGAAUGGGCGGGUGCUCCCAAGGCAGAGGCUCCCGGGAGAGGAGGGAGGGAAGAGCUGCCACCAGCUGUGCUGACCCCCACCGUGCCCCCAGGCCCUCCCCAGCACACCUGGCCCCACUCCCCUGCAUGCGCUUCCCCUGUGGCUGCCCUCCCUGGCCCCCGCAGCAGGAGCUGUCCCAGCACAGCCAUGCCCAGCGGAGGCAGGGAUGCGGGCAGGGCUGCCUGCAGCAGGCAGCUCCGUGCCCCGAGCCUCGCUGCUGUGGCAGUAAAAUGCACAGGUGGGGUCCAUCACACUGCAGGGCAGCACUGGGUGCUGCGGUGUAGCAGCGGAGUCACCCCGGGCUCCAAAGCACUGGUGUGGGGCUGCAGCAGCACUGAGCCCGCUGCAGGCUUUAGGUACUGGGAGCAGCCUCAGCCUGUGACCCACCACUAUCUGAACACAAGCAGCACGGCAUGAGAAAGGCCAUAAAUCCUAGAGCAGGAGCAGCUGGAGCAUGGAGCAACUUUGCCAGUACAGGCAGUGGCACAUUAUUUAAGGCUCCUCUUAAAACCUAAUGUUAGGUUUAAUAAGGGAGAUAAAAAUAUGGCAGCAGUUUUCCCUCCUCUCAGGGCUUGGCAAUCCCAACAGUGCUGGUGGGAUGGUCUCAGGCUGUGCAGCAUUCCCUUGGCACCAGCCCAGAGAACACCCAGUUCUGGGGACAGAUGUGAUCCCGCUCCUGCUGGAGGAGAAGGUGUUACGUGGGCCACAGAUGGAAAGUCUUUGGCCCCAAACAUGAAGCCUGUGGCCCCAGAUGGAUUCCAAAGGACUGUCCCCAGGUGGCAGGCUGAACUCUGGGGCCACCUCCCCACUUCCCCCGGGGCUGACCCUUCCCUGCUGGCGUGCAGCGUGCUCAGUGCCCGCUCCCUCGUGUCACGCAUGUACCGUCUCAUUAGCACGUCUGUCCCCCAAAGUGAGAAGGGAGAGCGCGUGAGGCCUAAUUGAAUGUAACUAAUUAUUCACUCUGCAAAUGCUCUGUUUAAAUGGGAUUGUGAGGGACAGAAUUACUCAUUCUGAAAAGGGGAGAGAAAAAGAGAAAGACAGAGAUAAAACAAAUAGAGGCGGAUGCUGGAGCUGCAGCUCGCUCUCUCUCCCCAGAAUACCAAUUACUGGAUGAAGUGAUUGUAUAAAUCUUUACCGAGUGAACGGACUGUACUAGUCACUUACUCCUGUCCUCUUAUUAUGAGGAAGCAAUGAAAAAUCAUCCCACUCUCCAGUCCAGUUAAGGGUUCCCAGUCGCUGUCUUGGGCAAUAUCUCACCGGCUGGAGAGCUUGUCCUGGGGCUUUCUCAGGGUGGGGGGUCCCACUGAGACAGGGCUGAGCACUUAGCAGGAGCCCACACCCCUCCUGCACCCCCAGCCCUGGGGAGGAGCAGUGGCUGUGCACGCUCUGGUGAGGUGCAGGACUUCUGCCCCAGCAGGAGCCAAACCAUGCCAUGCAGCACCCUGGGACAUGGGGAGACAUGGGCUGGCCAAGGGCCCCAGUGUCACACAUGUCACCCAGUGGCACUCCUGGUCUUGACCCCUCAACUUGUUCUUGCCUUCUGUGGGUCCAGCCCUGCCAGCCCCCCCUGGUCUCCUCCACUAGCUCCUGCAGUGCUCACUGAAAAGGGAGAACAUGGUGCUUCCCAACCUCUUCCCACACUGCAGUCAAUGUUUCUCACUCAGGGUGUCUCUGCUCCACUGGUUGCAGAAAUGCACUUAUUCACAGUGACCUCCAUCACUCUUGCCUGCCACGUCUUUUAAACCCAGAUCCCUCCAAACACCCACAUUUCUGUUCUCAGUAGUGGUGUGGGAUGGGAGAGGAGGUCCUGGCCAUGCAGAGCUGCGAAAGCUGAGAAUCCCCCUGCACCCUGCCAUCAGUGGGGAGCACCCACAUUCUGGGGUCCUGCUGCAUGAGCUGGUGAGGACCCAGCCACUCCCAUACUCCCUGCAGGCAGCCCCAGGUCCCCCUCACCACAAGGCACCCACGAGGGGCUGGUUUAGGGGGACAAAGAUCACCACAUACUGCAGCCAGAAACAGAGGGACCCCUUCAGAGGGGCCUGCAGGUGCUAUUCCAGAGAAUUCCACAGGAAUUGUGUGGUGGGUUCAGCUGGUGGGGAAGACAGGCUGGGCACAAGUCAGUGCCGAGAGGGUAAAACCUCCAGUCUGUCCUGCCUUGUUCUGGCUUGGGAUUUGAUUGUUGCCAGCAGCGAGUUUCCAUGCACUGGAGAUGUGCGUGUGUGGGUGUGAGGGAGAGAUAACAUCAUCAUCAUCAUAACAAAUGCAGUUGUGCAGCUCCAUUCUCUGCUUAUUGGCUUUCUUCUCUUUAUCUAUAAAUAAUUGCGGGGACACAAUAGACUUUUAAGUCUGCCAAAGACUUUGUCUCCCUCCAGCAACCGUAUUGCUACAGUGCUGCCACCUUAUCUGCUUGUAGAAGGAUGAGGGUGGGAAAAAUAUUUACUGUCAGGGAUAUUUGUCAUCUGCAAAUUACUCCGCCUACAGUUCGCAGCGGGGAUGGGACUGACAGCACCGAUCUGUACUGUGGGAGUGUGAGCACAGGGGGUCUCCACACUGCCCCAGGCCCACCUGAGCCUCGUCCCAUUAGCUGGUGGGGUGGGCAGCAGCAAGCUGGCAAACCCACCAUGUGUGCAAAGCCAUUCCACAGGGAUGGGGGAUACAGGUGAUGGUACUGAACCAGGCACCUGGCAAGUGCCUUGACACAAGGUCCUUGACACAGAGGAUCACCUUGGUGGGACUGGGACACCAGGCUCAGAGGUUUGCCAAGUUGCCAGCUCCUCCCCAAGCCUGCACCCCCAGGCUGUGCAGCAGCCUCAGGCACUGAUCACUGUGAGAGCCCCAGGCCUUGCUGUUCUGCAAAGGCCAAGAGUGCUGGAUGCUCCACCACUCUCUCAGCACCCAAUGUCCCUGCCAGCCCUGCUCUGCCUGCUGCUGCCAGCCCCACCAGGCUCGCUCUCUGCUGGAACUCCUCACAUCCUGCAGCCCAGAGGCCUUUGCACAGCACUUAUCACUGCAGUAUCCAAGAACCGAUCUAAUUGAUGUGACACCAAUU